AUGGAAAUAAAUCCAUCACCAUCCAAUGAUCCAAAUCCUCCUAAUCAUCCAGCCGUUGAUCUCCUUGGUGUUAACGAUGAUCACAAAGCAGACUCAGUUGUUAAUGAAGGCUUAAACAAGCUUCAAUUAGAUAAUCAUUCGGAUUCUGAUGAAGAAGAAUUUACAUUUAUGUGUGUAGUUAAUGAUGAUGGUAAUGAUGAAUCUGUUACAACCGAAUCCGAUAAAUCCGGUAACACUCGCCCGGUAUUUCCGCUAUUUGAUCAAAGUUUGUUAUUAUCAAACGAAUAUGGUGACCGGGAUAGCCGGUUAACAAGUCAACUUCCGGUAAACAAAGUGUUUAUUGAAACACCGUCAACACCGUCUUCGUCAUCGUCAUCGUCGACAUCAUCAACGAUCUGUUCUUCUAUAUCGAAGGAAGAACCGGCGGAGAUUAACAUCAAAUCGAACUCGACCGGGUUUUCUAAACUGUGGCGGUUCAGGAACGAAAUGAACCGGAGUAACAGUGACGGCCGAGAUGCAUAUGUGUAUUUACAAAAUCCUAAUAAUAAUAAUAAUAAGGGGAAGAUGUCUUUGUUAAACGACGUCGUUGGGGGGUCAAGUGAGAAAGUAUUGAAAAAGAAGCAAAACGACGUCGUUGAAGAAGAAGGUGAAGGAAAGGGGAAGAAGGCUGUGGCGGUGAAGAAAGGAGUCAAGGUUAAAAAGUCAACGGGGUCGUCGGCGCAUGAAGUUUAUUUGAAGCAAAAAGGUGAGCGGACGGAGGAGGAACGACGGCGGUCGUAUUUACCGUACCGGCCGGGGUUAAUGGGAUUUUUUACUAAUGUGAAUGGUGGGUUGAGCAAAAAUGUACACCCUUUUUAA